AUGAUGCUAUUGCUUUGCUUGUUUAUUUCAUCCAUUAUAAUACAUACUGGAACAUGUGGCCGGCUGAAUAUGUAUAAUGUUGAUGUUGCACAAGAUAAUCAUUGCUUGGAUUACUUUGUCACUUUUGAUGAACUGGCGCAACAAUAUAUCUCCUAUUGUUUUCGACCUUCUCCACAGAAUGCACGGAUAUUGGCUACAAAGUUUAACAAUACAGCUGAUCGUUAUUUUACUUUUAAAAUGUUAUGCGAACAGAAUGUAACCAGUCAAGACCUACUUCAAUGGUCGGCUACCAUCGAUCUCGCAGAGCGUUAUCAAAAUUAUUUAGAGCGUGAAAAAGGUCUCGCGUCUUUCGAGAAUGAACAAUAUUUGUUUUACAACUGUUCGUGGUCUUGGUUUGGACCUCUCUGUCAGUUUUCAUUCCAAGAUUUUCGUAAGGAAGAUUUUGGGACGUUUGUUAGGAGUGCUUUCAGGCGGAGAGUUCCUUUCGUUGACGGCUCAAUGAUGACAUGCUAUUCGCAUCUGAAAUGUGAAACAUUAUUUACAUGUCUCGAUUGGCGUGAUAUAUGCGAUGGAGAAAUGGAGUGUCUGGAUGGAGCUGAUGAAUCCGAUUGUUGGCCACUCGAAAUGAAUGAAUGUACUGCUGACGAAUUUCGUUGCCAUAAUGGCCAAUGCAUACCGGCGGUUUUUCUCGCAGAUGAACCUGAGUAUACAGACUGUUUGGAUCGAAGUGACGAACCGAUAAAUCUCGACUUUGCAGAUACAUGUUAUAAGAAUCCUUCUUUUCCAUGUGAAGAACGUAUGUGUCGUCCAGGUAAUCAGGAGUUUCCAUGUGGAGAUGGCCAAUGUAUUGGAGAAGUAGAUAGAAUUUGUUUGAAUGGAAAGAGAAAUUUUCUUUCUAAUGACUCCUGUUUGAACGCAAUGAACUGUCUAAUGGACAUGAUUGGUUAUAAUGAAGAAGAAUGGUGUGACCGGCUUUGUCCAGACGUAAGAUGUAUGUCUGAAUAUUGCCCAGAUUCAUUCGAAUUUCCUGCCGAACCUGUUCUGUUCGGUCAUGUGCGUUUGAUANGCAAUGAACUGUCUAAUGGACAUGAUUGGUUAUAA